UAUCGUUACUAUGAAAAUAGGUUGAUCGAACUUAUUCCAUACUAAAAGAGAUAGUGUUUUACUAUCACCACGAUUUACAGAAUGACAACAUUGAUCAAGAUUGUCGCAGAAAUUGCAUUUUUCUUAGCUGUCACUGAUGAGGGAGGAUCAUUUUCGACGAUAUUUACCAAGCUUUUUUGAACGCAAUGGAUAACACUACUCUUCGAGUUGAAGAGGAAACACAGAAUAAUCAUAGCAGACGACAAAGUUUGUCUUCUAAUACAAAUGUUACUGAAACAAACUCAAAUGGAUCACAAACGAACGUAAAUGCGAUGGGAAUGGAGAAUUCAUCAUCGAAAGUAUCAGCAACAAGUUCCUCACCUCAAAGAACAUCUCCGGCAAAAUCGAAUUCUCCGAGUAUAAACAAAAGCAUGCAAGUUCACAAUAGUAGAGAAAUAGUGUACGAAAUGGAUAAAAAUGGUAUUCAAUCGAAUGGAUCGCCAAAAACUAAGAGGAGAUUAUCCAGAGAUAGCGUUUAUCCCUCAGGAACAAAUUUGACUGCUCGGGACGCUUUUGGUCCUAAGCUCACAAUACCAACGACACCGGAAAACAGUCCUCCGUUGUCGGAAACACCAAUAUUUUCGGACGACGUACCGAGAGAUUCCUUGCUGCAAAAGGAUUCGUCUUCAGACGCAGAAGUGGAUCCUGAAACGCUCUACUUUCGAGAUGGCCGUAGACGUAUUGAUAUCGUACUAGUGUAUCACGAAGAAAGUAAUGGAGUAAUGACUGAAAUAGAGGCUCGUCGAAAAGAACAAAGACGUGUUUUCCAGCAGAAUUUAUUAAAAGAAGGUUUGCAGUUGGAAUUAGAACCGAAAGAGAAUUCUUUCGAUGGGAAAACUUACUUCUUAAAGUUGCACAUUCCGUGGAAAAUUAAAGUUCAGUACGCUGAAGUAAUGAACUUAAAGUUACCCACUAAAAGGUUCAUCACAAUUUCCGUUAAAGCUUGGCAAGGUAAUGAGAACGUGAAGGAAAGGCCAAAAUUUUGGGAAAAAUGGAUACGAUGGAUAAAAAGGAUACAUACUUGGGAUACGAAGAAAUAUCCGGAAGAACCUAGUUUUUAUGACAGCAUUGAUCCUGGUGAUCGAGAAGAAAGAUUUGUAGUAAAGGAUAGAGAUACAGCUUAUACCCCUGCUCAAAGGUCUUUAAUAGUAAUGCAAAUAUUAUUAAGGGCACGAUAUGACGAAAAUCAUGAGAAAGCAGGUAUCCGCAGACUUUUGGCGGAUGGUACAUAUAUUGAUUGCUUUUCUCUGCACGAGGGUCCAUAUAACAGACCUGGACUUAAUGGUGAAAUUCUUGACAGACAUUUGCUAUAUUUAAUAUGGGCUAGACCUUCGCAAUGGUAUAAGAAACAGCCUCUCUGGUUAAUCAGGCGAUAUUUCGGUGAAAAAGUAGCCCUUUAUUUUGCAUGGCUAGGAUUUUACACAAAAUGUUUAUAUGCUCCAGCGAUUGUUGGCUUUCUAUGUUUUAUGUACGGUGUAGGAAGUAUGGAUGGGCCUGACAACAUACCUAGUAAAGAAAUAUGUGAUCCUAAUAUAGCAGGAAAUAUCACAUUAUGUCCUCUCUGUGACAAAGCAUGCUCCUAUCAAAAGCUCGGCGAUUCCUGCAUAUUUUCAAAAUUAACAUAUUUAUUCGAUAAUCCUGCCACUGUUUUCUUUGCUAUCUUUAUGUCAUUUUGGGCUACAACAUUUCUCGAAUUAUGGAAACGAAGGCAAGCUGUAAUAAUUUGGGAAUGGGAUUUGCAAAACGUUGAAAGCGAUGAAGAACCUAGACCCGAAUUUGAAACUACAGUGAAAACUUUUCGAAUAAAUCCUGUGACCAGAGAAAGAGAGCCUUAUUUACCAGUAUGGUCAAAGGCUUUACGCGCUUGUGCCACAGGUUCCAUGGUAUUUUUCAUGAUAUGCGUAGUUUUGGGUGCUGUUUUGGGAACGAUUAUUUCUCGAAUAUCUCUGGUAUCCGUAUUUUAUGGCGGAGGUGGUCCAUUUUUGAAGAAACACGCAAAGAUUUUUACCUCUAUGACUGCUGCCCUUAUUAACUUGGUGAUCAUUAUGAUUCUUACGCGAGUAUAUCAUCGUUUAGCACGAUGGAUGGUGAACAUGGAAAAUCCUAGAACGCAGACAGAGUACGAAUCCAGUUUCACAUUUAAGAUAUUCUUAUUCGAAUUCGUCAAUUUUUAUUCAUCUCUUAUCUAUAUAGCAUUCUUUAAGGGUAGGUUUUUUGUUCACCCUGGAGACGCAGAUGCGAGAUCUUCUGAAUUCUUUCGCAUAAAAACGGAUGUGUGUGAUCCAGCUGGAUGCCUGUCGGAAGUUUGCAUACAACUCGCUAUUAUAAUGAUUGGCAAACAAUGUUUCAAUAAUUUCGUGGAGAUACUGUCGCCGAAAUUGUGGAAUUGGUGGCGUAAAAGAAAUCAUGUUGCUGCUACGAAAGAUCACGGUAGACCGUAUACUUAUUGGGAGAAAGAUUAUCAAUUGCAGGAUCCUGGAAGACUCGCGCUCUUUGAUGAAUAUUUGGAAAUGAUUUUACAGUAUGGAUUUGUCACCCUAUUCGUCGCUGCAUUUCCGUUGGCACCAUUGUUCGCCUUAUUAAACAAUAUUGCUGAAAUACGAUUGGAUGCGUAUAAAAUGGUGAAAGAGGCGAGGAGACCAUUAGCAGAGAGAGUGGAAGAUAUAGGAGCUUGGUAUGGUAUACUUCGUGGUGUAACUUAUGUUGCUGUAGUAUCGAAUGCAUUCGUUAUUGCGUACACGUCAGAUUUUAUCCCCCGUAGUGUCUAUGCUAUUGUUUACUCUCCUACGGAGGAUUUAGUUGGUUAUAUUGACAGUUCUCUAUCGGAAUUUAACACAUCAGAUUAUCGGGAUGACAUGAAAAGCGACAUAGAUGAUAAUCAUCUGGAAACCUGUCAGUACAGAGGUUAUAGAAAUGGCCCGGAACAUCCGGACGAUCCAUACGGGCUUAGUCCGCAAUAUUGGCAUGUUUUCGCAGCCCGUUUGGCCUUUGUCGUCGUUUUUGAACAUAUCGUUUUUGCACUAACUGGAAUAAUGAGUUACGUGAUACCAGCCGAACCCCGUUCUCUGGCGACUCAGUUGCAACGAGAGCGUUUACUGGCUCAAGAGGCCAAGUAUGAAAAAGGAAUAAAGAGUAGGGAGGACGAAGAUGAUAUUUUGUCAAUGCUCAGAGACGCAGGAAGCAUCGGAAGAGCUGCAGGUGGUGGUAGAGGAAGUUGGGCAAGACGUUUCAGUAAACUGAGCGACGGGUUAGACGCUCAUGUUGAUGUAGCUUCCAGGCACAAUAGAAACAGCGAUGGCUCGACUGUAUGGGAGGUGACAUGACUUUAAAACGUAUCGAUUGCGUUUCCUUUCUGAAGGAUGUAUUCAUAAACACUUUUAA